AUGCGGAACAGCCUCUCUCUCUCGGGGAAACAGUCACAAGAGGUGCAACAGCUGAGACAUGAGGUGGCAAGCCUGACUCUGGAGAUCAACACUAUGACGAAGGAAGUUCGGCAAAUGAAAGAGGCGAUGUCUGCAACCACGCAGGUGUCCGACUGGGCUCUGCAAAGUGUAGGGGCUGCCAUUGAUCUGCAGAGAUCGUCCAGCAGCUUUGCAAUGCUCUGCAGGGUCCUUUGGUUCCUGUGUGCUCCACCCCUUCUGGAUACCUUUGUGCAGCCGGAUACUUCCCCGGGAUACUGCUGGCCUUUCCAAGGGUCUCAGAGCCAGGUGCUAAUCCGGUUGCCCGAGCAAAUACGACCGAUGACCAUCACGGUACAGCACACGUCAAAGAUUGCUUCUCCGCUGGGGACUGUCAGUAGCGCUCCCCGAGAUUUCGCUGUCUUUGGACUGGAUGAGGAAGGCAGCGACGAAACUCUGCUUGGGACGUUCAUGUAUGCUGUCCACAAAGAGCCAAUGCAGAACUUCCCUCUGCAGAACGGGAUCCCCAGAGCCUUUCGGUUUUUGAAACUUGUCAUACAGAGCAACUGGGGAAAACCAGCAUACACCUGUCUUUAUCGAGUGCAGGUGUAUGGGAAGAUCGUGGGAAAGAAAGGCAUUGGUCAGACGUGUGCGGAGACCGUUCCUCAAUAA